AGAAGAGAUGUGUUUUAUAAGGAGCCAGAAUUACAGCUGAACAGACUCUUCAUUAUUGCCUUUGGGCACAUACUUCUUCUUGUUGUCUAAAAAGCAGUUUUUUCUCCAGAAGCUUAUAAGGUUGGAGACGCGGAAAUAUCUCCAACUACUUAUACUGCUCGGUUGAUGGAGGGAAGGGCUGACGAGGAAUUAAAGGAGUGGAUCUGCAGAUUUCCCCGCCAGAUCCGCACGCAUCAACAUGGAUAUGCAGUGUUUCCGACACCCCGCUGUCAACGAUCCUGUCAGGUCUCUAUUGUGGCAGUGCACGCCAAUGUUGGAUUUAAACCACCCGACAUUUUGGCCGUCUUCAACCUGCCAAAUCGCCAGUAGGCCCAUCUGCAGAUCUGACUUGCGUGUUCGUGUCGGCGAGUGGGACAUAACAAGGGGAUUUUUGCCUGCAGCGCUGUGACAUUUCCGAUGUCCUCGUUUAAGAUUUCCUUGGGAGAGUAUUGUGUGAUCAACAAGGCGGUUCCCAUCGGUCACAGGGGAAUUUUCACGGGGAGCGAAUUCGGAAAAAUGACGAGAUGCAGGAGAUGAUCCGAACGAAGGAACCAAGAUGUGGAGGAGAGAUAGAGACCGAUGUCGCCAUCCACCAGUAUCCAAUCACCCAAGCAUGCUGCAGAGCUUCGUAUCGGCCGGUUCUCUCUUUCCCUGCGACCCCAUCUCGGCUUGUGGUCCGUGUGGUCCGUGAUGAAGAGGGGGAACCCGCCCGAAAGCACACCCCGACGGCCACCCUCCGGCUCCUUCAGCGGGAUCGUUGUGAGGGGAGGGCUGAGACCAUCUUCUCCACUCGACCAGCAUCGAAAUCUCCGUCCGGAGGAUGAGUUUCGUAGAAGCAAAAUUUUUGAUGUCAACCGGGGCGUUGAAACGGUACGCACUGCAUGA